AUACCUCUUGUUCUCCGUGUAUCUCUUCUUCACCUCCAACCAAUCAGAGUGUUAAGCAUUCCCUCCAAAAGUCAACAUUCUCCGAAGCAAUUUGACAUUACAUAAACCCCUUUCCACCUCUCCUCCUUCCAAACCGCCAUGAACCACCAAAACGAACCGGACCUUCCGCUCCCACAACUCCCAUCACUCCGUACCCAUCCCUCCUCGCCUCCUCGCCUCCCCAUAUCUAUUACCACCUCGACCGCCGGUGCCCAACGCCGCGUCGCCAUCGCGGUCGAUCUCAGCGACGAGAGCGCUCAUGCUGUUAAGUGGGCCGUUAAUAACUACCUCCGUCCCGGUGAUGCAGUCAUCCUCCUCCAUGUCCGUCCCACUUCCGUCCUCUAUGGCGCUGACUGGGGGUCAAUCAAGCUCCAGAUCAAUGAUAACAACGACAGUGCCUCUCUCGACGAAAGCGAUGAGCAGAAGCUAGAGGACGAUUUCGACAAUUUCACUACCAUUAAAACUAAUUCCUUGGCACAACCGUUGGUUGAGGCGGAGAUUCCAUUCAAAAUCCGUAUAGUGAAGGACCAUGAUAUGAAAGAGAGGCUUUGUUUGGAGGUGGAGAGAUUGGGUUUGAGCGCUGUGAUAAUGGGGAGCAGGGGUUUUGGGGCUGCACGAAGGAAUUCUAAGGGAAGGCUAGGGAGCGUUAGCGAUUAUUGUGUGCAUCAUUGCAUUUGCCCAGUGGUGGUUGUGAGGUAUCCCGAUGACGGCGGAAGCGACGGAAAUAGUGGAAAAGAAGGAAGAGUCAAGAAAGGAAUUGUUGGAAAGGAGGCGGAGCUUCACCCUGUACCUGAGGAGGACCAGGAAUACCACGAUGCUUCUGAUGAGCAAAAUGAAGAUGCUUAAUGAGUGGUCAGAGUAAUGGCAAGAUCCCCAAGUUCAGAUCAUGCUGAGGUUCGCAGCUUGCAGUGGACUUUCAAAUAUGAACGUGUCGUUGCUUUUUGCAGCUAACAGUCAAGGCAGGUUUAAGAUGUGAUGUGCAAGGAACUGGAAGAAGAGUUUGAAGUAGAAUUUCUUGUUGCAUAGUGGGAUUUUGGCCUUGUACAUAUGGAGGAUGGUUGAUGUGUUGGUUUCCACAUCUUUUUUUUUCCUCUAAUUCCUUGUCAAAUGUAUUUUCCAAGUGUUCCUGCAAAAUGAUUAGUGGGUGUGAGAAUGCUAUUAGCAUUUUUGUACCAUUAUAUUAUCUUGUUGGACUUGGCAAUUUGGGUUGUUGUAAAUUCUUUUUACAUAUUUGCUUUCUCUGUUUUACUCUAGACAUUGUUUACACAUCAUUUAUUUGUUUUACUUAUUUUAAGUUAUGUCAACUUGACUUAAA